AUGUCACCAACUCAAUUAGAAACUACUACUAGAGAAUCAAAAGGUUACGAAUUAGGAACAAGAGGUUCACAUAACAUUGCAAAAGGUGGUCAACAUCCAUAUCAAAUUCCUAAAUUCACAAAUAAAAAAGAUGAAAGAAAAUGGAUUAAACAACAUAUGGCAGGAGCAUUCAGAGUAUUUGGUAGAAAAGGAUAUACUGAAGGAACAGCAGGUCACAUAUCAAUAAGAGAUCCAGUAGAUCCAAACACAUUUUGGAUAAAUCCAUUAGGUAAACAUUUUAGUUUAAUUAAAUCAAGUGAUUUGGUUCAUGUUAAUGAAAAUGGUGAGAUUUUACCAGAUGGGAAUCAAAUUGCAAUAAAUGCUGCUGGUUUUGCUAUUCAUAGUGCUAUUCAUAAAGCAAGACCUGAUGUCAACGCAGCUUGUCAUACUCAUUCAACUUAUGGAAAAGCUUGGUCAAGUAUGGGUAAAUUAUUAGAUAUGAUUAAUCAAGAUGUUUGUACUUUUUAUAAAAAACAUUCGAUUUUUACAGAUUUUGGAGGAGUUGCAUUAGAAGAAGAAGAAGGUAUUAAAAUUGCCCAAGCUCUAGGUGAUAAUAAGGGAAUAAUUUUACAAAAUCAUGGAUUAUUAACUGUUGGAAGUACUGUUGAUGAAGCUGCUUAUUUGUUUACCUUAUUGGAAAAAUCAUGUCAAGUUCAAUUAUUAGCUCAACAAGCCUUGUUACCUGGUGAAUCUCUUAAGAUUAUUGGUGAUAAAGAAGCUACUUAUUGUGAAUUUAAUGAUGGUGAUCCUGAAACUUUAUAUACUGAAUUUCAACCUGAUUAUGAGAUAGAAUUAUAUUAUAAUGAUGAUUUUUUGAACUAG